AUGUGGAUUUCGUUUAGAUGUUCGAGAGUUGUUUUGGAAACGGUCGAAAAAUUGAAGGCAAUCGGGCAUGAAUUGGUUUCGUUCCGUUUACCAGAUCCGGAGAAGGCUGCAUCGCUGUUUUACCGCAGUGUGAUGCCGUACGGUGCAAGUUACAUGCUGCAGCUUUUUUCGAAUGAAGUGAUUCCUCCGGCACUUCAGCAAUUUGUUUUCCUUCUAAAGAUACCGUAUGUGCUUCGCAGCAUUGCAAGUUACUUUUUAUGGUACAUUAGCAAGCCGUUAUCGAUUAUAGCCGGUUCCUAUGUUAACAACCUCGCAACCCUUCAGCGGACCCACGAGUUGACGGAGCAGUACAUUGAGGAAGUUUGUGACAUUGUAUUUUUUUACCUUUAG